AUGCUGCUGAAGCCCAAGGAGGAGGCGGGCGACAGCCAGACAGAUGCUGAUGUACGAGGUCUACGCAAGAUUCGAGCUCAAAGCCCGUGGACAUGGCGACCUCUCACUCUCAUUACAACCGCCCUCGCCCUCUUGUCGCUCUCUAUCAUCCUUCGCUCGUCCCUCCGACUGCAAGUCGACCCUCAGGGAUGUGUCAUGUCGAUGAUGGCCCCGACUUACAUCAAGCUCUCCGGGUUUGACACGGAGCAUUCGCGCUUUGCAACUAAAUAUUCGCUGUACUUGUAUCGGGAAGAGGGGGUUGACGAAUACACGAAGGAUAAUAUUGGACUGCGAGGGGCUCCCGUGCUUUUCAUUCCGGGCAAUGCUGGGAGUUACAAACAAGUUCGAUCCCUCUCCUCCGAGUCCUCCCGCUACUUCCACGACGUCUUGCGGCACGAUGCCGAAGCCAUCAAAGCUGGUGUGCGAUCGUUCGACUUCUUCACCAUCAACUUCAACGAGGAUCUUUCGGCUUUCCACGGCCAGACGCUGCUUGAUCAAGCCGAAUACGUCAAUGAAGCUAUCGCCUUCAUCCUCUCCCUCUAUGUCGACAGCAACCGUCUCCGUCGCGACUCGCAAUUGCCCGACCCGAGCUCUGUUAUCCUGAUUGGACAUUCGAUGGGCGGGAUUGUCGCACGCACUGUCCUUGUGUCCCCAAAGUACCAGGCCAACUCGGUCAAUACCAUUAUUACCAUGUCAACGCCUCAUGCACGACCGCCAGUUUCCUUCGAUGCGGACGUUGUCUCUCUGUAUCAACAGGUCAACGAGUACUGGCGAGAAGCUUAUUUACAGCGCUGGGCUAGCAAUAAUCCUUUAUGGCAUACGACCCUAAUAUCUAUUGCUGGAGGAGGUCGAGACACUACUGUGCCUUCCGAUUACGCGAAUAUUGCCUCACUUGUUCCCGAAAGCCAUGGUUUCACCGUUUUCAGUUCCACCAUCCCCAGUGUCUGGACUUCGAUGGACCACUUGGCGAUCACUUGGGCAGACCAAAUGCGAAAAGUCAUCAUUAGAUCUCUGUACGAUGUGGUUGAUGUUCGCCGGGCGGCACAAACCAAGCCGCGGUCGGAGCGCAUGAAGGUUUUCCGGAAGUGGUUUUUGACGGGCCUAGAAGACAAUGCCCCGAAGAACAUGCGUGAUGCGCCACACGAGGUUCUUCUAACACUUGGCGAUGGGACAAGAUCUGCCGUGGCUAAGGGGGACAACGUUACCCUGCAGCAUUUUGGGGAGAAAGAUCAUAUGUUCGCAGUCCUGCUCCCGAUCCCAUCCGUGGACAAUACUACAUCAAAACUUUUCUCACUUCUGACGGACCAGCAGAUGGAUACCCAAGGUGGCUUUGAGAAAAUGGAAGUAUUGUUCUGCAGUGCCUUUCCACUUGCUGGGGGGCUGACUUUAACACCAUUGCCAAUUCAAUUCGACCUCUCGCCUGGUGAUCCUAGCGCAACGCGACUUGCUUGCAAGAGGCCAGCCGGAGAUGCCAUACAACUGCCUGCCUCAACCAGGCUGUCCCAAUUUCCGUUCGAACAACAGCCUCCGUUCACCUUUUUGAGCUACGAUCUGAGAGAACUUCAAGACCACCAGUUUGUUGCAAUGAUAGACAAAUCCACGGAAAGGAACCAUGGCUGGGCUCAUGCGGAGAUUGUCCCUGCCUCUGACUCCGUCGUCGCAUCUGAAGUGAGCCUGCCAAUGCUCCUGCUUCGAGGGUUGAAUCUGGAGCUCCCUCCUAGCCGCCCUUUGGUGACAGAAAUCCGGGUGCCAUCCAUUCGGUCAAGCUUACUGGCGUAUACUCUCCAGAUUCGCCAGCACGGUUGCAGAACCGAUACAGAGCUCUUCACACCAUUGUUGAGGCAGCACAUUGACAGUCCAUACGAGUCCAAGUAUUUCGUCAACUUCAAACAGGGAGAUGUCAAUCUCCAUGGCGCCGCUCCGUUUAUGCCGCCUACGCUCGAUGGCCGCGAGUCGAAGGCAGGCGUGGCCUUCCAGAUCUGGUCCGAUCCGACGUGCAACUCUUCCUUGGAGAUCCGCCUGCGGGCGGAUCCCGUCGGAAGUCUCGGCAAGCUUGUGAUCAGAUACCGCACAGUCUUUGCGGUCUUUCCUUUGCUGGUGGUGGCAAUGGUCCUGCGGAAGCAAUUUCGAGUUUACGACAGCUCGGGGGUCUUCAUCUCUUUCUCUGAGAGCCUGGACCAAAGCUUGAGGCUACCGCUACCUGUAUUGAUGCUAUCGAUGACCUUCUUUGCAACCGCUUUUACCACUGCAAGCUCAGCGAAUCUCGUCUCGAGCAGUCAUCCUCAAACCAACGGGACGGCGGUGGACUUUGCCCAGAACGACCUUCUUUUGGGUUCUCAGGACACAUUCUUCUGGUUCCUUGUCCCUUUGGCAGGCUUGCUUAGCGUUGGCGCCUGCGUUCUGGUGAACUAUGCAAUCUUGGGACUAUUACACUUCAUUGUCAUCCUGUCAAAUUUCAUCUCACAACGCUACAUGAAACCCGAUGAUGGUGACAAGGGCGUGGCUUCUGCCUUCGUGGCAAGCACGCCUCGCCGUCGAGUCAUCAAUACGGCUGUUCUUCUAUUCCUCGUUGCGACAAUCAUUCCUUAUCCAUUCGCCUACGUUGUGGCCUGCAUUGUACAAUUUUGUACCUGCGCACGAGCGUUGCGGCAUGCCAAAGAUUCAAGAUCUGGGCCGGCGCAUAACUUCUUCAACUACACGUAUUCGAUACUCAUUUUAAUGCUCUGGGUCUUGCCGAUUAAUGUUCCGGUUCUGGUUGUCUGGGUCCAUAAUUUGGCGGUGCACUGGCUGACACCGUUCUCAUCCCACCACAACGUGUUGUCAAUAAUGCCCUUCAUCCUCUUGGUCGAAACCUUGUCGAGUGGGAAAAUGGUACCAUCUGUCCGGUCAUUCAGAUGGGCUACCAACCUAUUGUUUUUUGUGUUGGCUGUCUAUGCGGCGUUGUACGGCAUGACUUACGCGUACCGAUUACAUUAUAUUGCGAACAUUAUUGCGUUGUGGCUAGUCUUGCUUCAUUUCUCAACCUACCAGAAACGGAUACCCACCUAG